UCUUAUCGUACACGGCGCUAAUCAGAGACGUCGGUAGGAGGCCGAGCCGAGUCGAGUCGUUUGCUGAAAGGAUCAAACCCAAAACAAGGCUUGUACUUUUACCUUAUCGUUUGUAAGCAAGCGCCACUUUCGAAAGGAAUUCACCUUCAAAGACAACAGCUCAGCAUGGAUAUUCAGAAGUGGUAGGGUCUUUGUGACUUGAGGUGUGGGAGCGAGGCUGCUCCCUGAUUCCCCCCGGUGUUCCCCUGCCCCCCGCCCUCCUGGACGGCCCCGAAAUGACCACAGGGGAGUGUUGCCACCUCCCAGGCUCCCUGUGUGACUGCACUGGCAACGCUGCCCUGUCGAAAACCGUGGAGGAGGCUGACAACCGCCGGGCCCAAUACGUCACCCAGGUCACGGCCAAGGAUGGACGUCUACUAUCUACUGUUAUCAAAGCCCUAGGCACCCAGAGUGAUCGGCCAAUUUGUCGGAUCUGCCAUGAGGGUCAAGAUGUGUGCAACAGUGAGGGGCUUCUAUCACCGUGUGACUGCACAGGCACUUUGGGCACGGUCCACAAGAGCUGCCUGGAGAAGUGGCUGUCCUCCUCUAACACCAGCUACUGUGAGCUGUGCCACACUGAGUUCACCAUCGAGCGCCGGCCCCGACCCCUCACAGAGUGGCUCAGGGACCCUGGCCCCCGGAAUGAGAAGCGCACCCUCUUCUGUGACAUGGUGUGCUUCCUGUUUAUAACGCCCCUGGCGGCCAUCUCUGGCUGGCUGUGUCUACGGGGCGCACAGGACCACCUGCACUUCAACAGUCGCCUGGAGGCAGUCGGCCUUAUCGCUCUGACCAUCGCACUCUUCACCAUCUACGUCCUCUGGACUCUGGUCUCAUUCCGCUACCACUGUCAGUUGUACUCCGAGUGGAGACGAACCAAUCAGAAAGUCCGCUUGCUCAUUCCUGACACCAAGGGUGCACACUCUACCCAGCAUUCCUUGCUUUCCACAAAGCUGCUGAAAAAGACAGCUGACGAGACCAUAGUAUGAGAGACGUGGUGCGGGGGAACGUGGCCCGAUCGCGGUGGUAUUAGCGUGCUUCCGGUUCUUGACGCAGCGUCGUCAACUAGAGCCGCGGCACUUUUGGAUGCAUUCUUUUCUAUUUAAUCCUUUUUAUCUAGAUAUGUGAGCACUUCAUUUAUUUUUUUGUUCAUCAGUCUCUUUUAAAUGUUUUUUUGAGCCUUUAUAAGUGUGUUGUUUGAAAAAACCUUUUAUUUAUUUGGGGGCUUGAACAGCCAGGCUGAGGCCCCAUACGUUCAGUAUGCAUUGUAUUUGAAACAAUCAGAAAUCUAACUUAUGUGUAUAGACAAUUCCUUUGAGCACAGCGGCAAGGGAUUACAACUCAAAUACGUACGGCUGCUGAAGCUUAAAACCAAACCUUUCUUUCAUUUUUGAUGUAUUGUUUUUGUACUCAUCUACCUUCAUGUACUUUCCAUCUUAACCCGACGGAGUCGCUCCUAAGCGAAUCUCGCGAACUUAGUCCUUGCGGCUCCUAUGUGAUUUAGUCAAUAUAAAUGUAUAAAUAUAUACACACUAAGUGAACGAGUAAGCUCUAAGCUUCAGUUGACGUGAGUAUUACAGGGCCCUUUGUGCUUUGUGAGGUGGCCUGGGCAAUGAAUGUGGAGGCUGAUGUAUUUCUGCUGCGAUGUAGCGGACGUUCAAAAUGUAGGCAGUUGACGAAAAAAAAAGUGCAAUAACACGCCGCCAUUGGCAUGAUUCUGCCGUGGACACACGCAGGUUUUCAUGCAUGCCUAUUUCAUUUUGCAAAUCUCAUCAAAUUGGUGACUGUUCGCGUAUGAAUCAAAGGCUGUUUUUCCAAAUCCACACAACGUAAAACAGCACACGGUGGUUCUAAAGUCGUAGCACUUUCUGACAACGUAGCCUAGAUGUGAGCUGAUAAAAUGUAGAUACGUGUACGCUUUUGGAAUGCAAAUAUGUGGCAACUUUAUUUGUUGUUGUUGAGUUGUGGUAAGUGCAGAUGCAAACAGACCUCUACAGUUCAUUGUUCUGAAUCACAUUCAAAUGGCUCUAAUAAUUUUUUUCCUUCAUUUUUUUGGUGAGUGUUGUAUGAAGAUGAAUGUGUAUGUGUGUUUACAGUAUGCAUUUUGUAAGCUCUGGCUCUUUGUGCUGUUUAGUUAGUAUAAAAUGGCUGAGGUUAAGGAUGGCAUACUUGGAAUUUUGUAGCAGUUUAUCUUGUGAAAGAUGCAGGUCAAGCCACAGAGGAAGAAGGAGUUGCGAAGUUAAACAUCAUUGCCAGACCAGUAAUAAAACCGUCGUCUAUGAAUGGCACUACAGUAUCAAGUAAAGGCGUCGUUUAGCUGUGUCGUAUUUGUGCGAGAAUCUGCAGAACACCAACCGUCAGAGCUUUUCGUUUCCCUACGGUGACGUAACGUGUAACCUAAGGGAAUGGUUCUCUGGGAUAUGCAGUGUUGUAAUAAUUGCACAUUUGCCACUCCUAAAGUGGACUAUUUGCGCCUUAUGCACUUUCUGUGGAAGAUCUAAGUCUGAAAGUGUGCAAAAUUGUUUGAGGCUUAAACUUUUGGCGGCAAAGGUCACUAAAGUAAUUGUUCACCUGAAAAUGUCCUUAUUUACUCACCCUUAUGUUGUUCCAAACUUAACUGCUGAUGUUUUAAUUGUUGAACAAUUUUGAGGAAUCAUUCUAUCUGUACAAUGUCAAUUUGUAUUGACCUAGUCUGUCAAGCUUCAAGAUCACAAUGAAAGCAGUUCAUAUAAACCAUGUGCUCGUUUCCAAGUCCAUAUGGUCGUUUUGUGCGAGAACCAGAACGAAAAUAAAGAGGUAAUCUUCCUUGAAGCUCUGAAAUCUAAUUUGCAUUCAUGUUUAGAGUCAGAAAUAACUGAUUUGCCAUGCCUAGUUUAUUUUUGAAAGUUUUCCAGUGAAUUACAGCUUAAAAUUAGGCAUUCUGGAAAACUGGUGAAAAAUUCUGGUGAAAAUUCAUCAGAAAUCUUCCUUAUGGGUUUUACAUAAAAAAAAAUAACAGCAUGUGAGUUUGGAACGACAUGAGGGUGAGUCAAUAAUGACAGAGUUGAGGCCUUUUAAGGCUAAUAAAAUGAGCUAACUAGAAUAUGUAGGUCCAUGAAUUCUUUUAUUGUAAAUUCUGAUGUCUCAAUUGUAAAUGUGUAGAUAAACUGAUGUCUCUGUUAUUAAGAAGUGUUGUGUGCUGUAGGUCCAGGGUUGUGUGUGCGUGUGUGCGUGUGCGUGUGUGUGUGUGUGUGUGUGUGUGUGUGUGUGUGUGUGGAGCAGACAGGCCCAUGAAUGUCUGAAUUAUUUGCUGACCACUUUUUUAAAGGACGCAGCUGAUCAGCCUGUGAUUAGACGCUUGUAGUUAAUGCGGCGGAGCGGCGCUGACAAAGUUCAGUGCCAAAAACAAGAGUUUGAAACCAAAAGGUGCUUCUGUAGUUGGAAAUUCAAACAUGCAAAAGGUUUUUCCCUCAAAUUCAUCCGACACCCCGUCUCCCGUGAGCUCAUUUUGGUUUGGAGAAUGGGAGGGAAACGUUUUCCUCUCAAUUUUUUUUUUUUUUUGGUAAGGGGAAAAAGUUGUGCAAUAGAUUCACAAACUAUAAUGGCAUUAUUGGUUAAUUAUUUUUAUAUUUUUAAAGGGUUUUAGGAAUAAUCCAUCAUCGUCGUCGUCUUUCCCAUUGCUCAGUGUUUUCAGAAGGUAGUUGCUCUUUUGUGCUGAUUUGAACCAUUAUUUCAAACCAAAGAGGUUUAACUAGUGGUCUUGGAUCCCCAAGGACAGGCAACUUUACCAGCUUACUGCUAACUUGAACAAUGCUGUCUCAUUGUUGUGCUUCCACCUGCUUUCUUCACUUUUUGGGCCAUUCCCUGGUUAUUUUGCAAUGUAAGGUUAUACAUCAAGAGUGCAAUUUCAAAAAUAUUACAAUGCAAUUCUUACCUAUAACCUUAACCAUACCUGUAUGAUAUAAACAUAGAUGUAGAUGUUGUUGCAUAUGAAGGACUUUAGGAGUAGAGGGACAAUGUUGAACUCAUAAUUUUAUUUUUUAUUAACUUGCAGUGGAUGCCAAUGAGCUGGCCACAAUAUGCAACCCUGCAAGAGCAGUUCAGCAGCUCAGAUGAUGUUGUUUUUAAUGAAACUGAAACCAUCUGUUCCUCCAAUGCAUGCUUUCUUAUUUAAAUACAAUGGCACUUUCACUAAUUUAUAAUGGAAAUGCGGUUUCUGUUGUAAAUUUCUGAGGGGGGGUUUAACUUUUGUUGCAGUUUUAAAAAGGAGACAUUUCCAAAGCUUAAUUGUAAACAUGUUCACAUAGUUUGAUUCAGUUGAAAUCUCUCAUUUUGCCAGUGUGUGUUUUAAUGUAUUCAUACUGUAUAUCAUUUUGCUUCUGUUUUGUUUUCAUUUGUUCAUCGAGCACAGGAUUUUUAUCACUCUGAACUUUUGAAAUACUACAAUGUUUAUGUUGUGCAGUGGCUAAGAGAAAGAUGUCUGUAUUGUCCUCACCAAAAUAUGUUGGUGCUUUAAAUCAGCCAAGAAAGUGUGCAAAGCAAAUUAAAAAUGAUGCUCUGGAUCUGAUAA